GCACCAAUGUUUAUCUUUCUUGCAGGAACAAUAUCUUACAACUCUAGAAUUCUCAAUGAAAAAUGAAUCACACUAUUUUAGUUGUAUUUCUCCUCAUUUGUACAAAUACUGUUCUAAUAUUUUGCCAACUGGUUGUCAACGUUAGAAAUAAAGGAGGUGAUACUAUUGUGGAGAAAAUUUUAUCCAAUGUUACGGAAGAUACCGUCAUUUUAGAAUUUCUAGGAUCCGACGGAAUGUUUGUGACUCAGUUCAUUGACUUUAAAUCAGAAAUGCAGAUUUUUCGAAUGUAUGUUCCUGGGGAAGAGGAAUUGGGACAAAGCCAACCUCAGGCUUUAUGUUUCAUUACAAGGUUCAUGCGAAGUGACUUAAUUUCUUCAGAUGCCAUGUCAAAAUUAAGACAGAAAAACCCAACUGCAGUUCGAACACCCGAGGAAGAGAAAGAGAUGGUGACCUACACUCUUGACCUCACAGUCAAUGUUGAGAAAGCUGACCUUAUAACUCCAUACACCUUCAACAUCUGCAGUGAGGCCAAGGACAGCUCUUAUACACAGGAAGUGGAUCUCAAAACUAUUUCAAAAUCUCUGGCUAAAGACUAUGUUUCUUUGAUUAGUGCAACUUCUGAAUUGCCUCCAUAUAAAUUCCCAAGGUGUAGGGAGUUGCCAAUUGUCUCAAAGCCAUGCACAUGUGAACUGCGGACUUGCAUUGGUUGGUACCCUUGUGGCCUGAAGUACUGCCAUGGUACAGACUCCAGUGGUAAAGUAGUCAGCUACAGGUGUGGCAUCAAGACCUGCAAGAGAUGCGUGGCAUUUGUUUAUGUUGUGAAUUCAAAGUUUAAAUGUUUAUGGGACUCGUGACCAAGAUGACUUGGACUUAAUUUGGACACGUGUGUGUGAAUGUAAACGCCUAAAUGAAUCCUCUAAUUGGAACACAAAUGCACUUUAAACGGUGAGAACUUGUAAUCAAAUACUAUUGUAAGGAAAGAGACAGUUUUCAGUGAUAAUAAUACACCUUAAUAAAGCAAUGUGCUUGGUAUGUAUUAUUGCAAGCCACACUUUGCUUGUAUAGAUUGUAAACUGUAUACACACACACACAUAUAUAUAUAUAUAUAUAAAUGUCUGUGUGUAAAGUAAAUGAAAUAGUGUUCCUGCAAGACCUAAAUUAUAUUUGGUGCUUAGUGUUCUUUCAUUUUCUAUUGCUAGCAGUUUACAGUGGUGGUGUGUAACCAGCAUCACAAAUCUAUUGUCCAUUGAUCUUCUCUGGGUGGACUGAGAAGAUGUUGAAAUAGAGCUGACGCAUUAUAAAUAAUCAUUUUCUGAGUGUAAAUCUUAAUUUCUUAAGUGGGGCCACUUGUUACGUCUUCAUAUUUGAUGAGACUCUUUAGACAUGAAAACGACAAAGCACGGUUUAUAAAUACUGUAAUCUUUAUUAACACUGAAAAACACUUUCUUGUUCAUAUUCCUCCAUUUUGUUUUUUCUUCCCCUUUCAACACGCAAUCGCACCAUUUCACAUUUACACUAAGAUGCGCACGUAACACCCCCCCCCCCCCCCCUGUUUAACAAGUUCGAUGUACUUAAGACUAAGUUAUCAACCCACCAUGUUCUGCUGGACAGUCAAGCUAUCUAUGACUAACUAGAUUCUUAAUUAUGUCAGACUUGGCAUACCUAAGAAUAACUAGAAAGUGACAUUGUCCUUGAAUCUGAAGCUUGAAAAAUGAGAAAGAGUGCAGUAUUUUACAUAUUAAUGCUUUCAUAUUGAGCUGAAUGAGAUGAUAGUAGUCUCAGCCUUAGAACAAAAGUAUAUAUUUUUUUACUUCUACUUUUGAUGUUACUGUAUGCUAAGAUCACUGAGUAACGAAAUGAAACAGUUUAUUUUAGAGUUCUUUUGAUAUUUGCUAAUUAUACAAAUACUAAUGAUAGUUUAUAACAAUGUCUUUUUUUUUUUUUACACAGUUUAUAUCAACUCACUCUGUCUGUCUGUCUGGUAAAAUGUUUGAACAUGUUUUUUCUCCCAUUUCUCUGAUCAAGUUAAAACUUUGCACAAUUAUUCAUUGUACCUGACAAGACACGAAUUAAUAAAAAAAAAAGUUAAUUAAUUAUUGGUGAUUAUUUAUUUUGCUUGAUAGUGAAAUAAGGUGAAUAAAUCCUACUUUUAUGCGAGAUGUUGAUGUAUAUUGAAUUUAAUCCCCUUAUUACCGGUACGUUUUGACAAGUUUUUUUCUCCCACUUCCCAUUCUUGGAUCAAAGGGAAAUUUUGCUGAAUUAUUUAGGUGAUGACAAUACACAGAUCAGUAAAAAAAAUUUACCAAUUAGUUAAUCAAUUAGUAUUAACUAAUUAAUUUUGUUUUAUUUUGCAGGAAGGGAACUAAACCUCGUCAUUUUCAGAUAAAUGGCAGUAAUUAGUGGUUCUUUCCCUUACAUAUAAUGUGAAAAAAAAAAAUCUUCUUUUCAUUUUUUAGAAUGUGACUGUUCUGUGGGAUAACAGAGAGAUCUUUGUAAAGAAAAAAAACAAAAAAAUAGAUCACAAUUAUACAGAUUUCUUUUUCUACCAAGCCCAUAAAUAAUUUUCCCAUUAAAAUUUCUUUCUUAUUUGAUGUUUUUUAUUACUAGUAAAUUAUAUCUUGACAAGAUAAAAAAAAAUUGUAUCUUUCUUUAUAAUUGUCAUAACCUUUCCACGUAUACAUUUUUUUUUUCAUUGAAUACUUGUUGGCCUAUUUUUUUAAUUUUUUUUUUAAAGAACAUAAAACAUCUGUAUGAAAUUGUGUGUGUAUGUGCAAAAUUAUUACAGUUGGAAGUGUAAAGGCUGUACAUUCAUACAUUCAAUUUAAGAUUCAUUAUUUAUUUAAUAUAUUGCAAUCAAUAAUGAACCUUUCGAAUACUGUAUAGCAAUGUAAGAUGAAAUUUAUACAAAGGUCUUUGAGUCUCAAGAUUGAGGAGAAACAUGGAAUGGAUACCUCUGGUUCAAUAUGAUAUUGUCAGUAUGUAAACAAUUUUUUUUAUUGUAAUGCUUAUUUUUGCAAUAGCUUAUAACAAUUUGCAAUGCAAUGUAUAACUCUAGUUCAAUGACAUUGAUCUGAUUACUAUUUGUGUGAUACUUGGUAGUCUGUUCUUGUUUUUUGGGUUGUGCCAUUCAGAUCAAUAAAGCAACUAUUUAUGUU